AUGGCUUGCUUAGUUGCAGGAUAUUCUGAUUCUGAUUAUGCUGGAGAUGUAGAUGGUAGAAGGUCUAUGACUGGAUAUGUGUUUACUCUUGGUGGUUCUGUGUUUCGAACUGCUUAUGUAGCUCCUUCUUCUCGUGUCUUUGGCAUAGGAGAGCUCAUCAUUGAUCCUACGCAUAUCGCGUUAAGGUAUCUUAACAAGGCCUUCUGGAUGGAUUUCGUUGCUGCUUUGCCUAUUCCUCAGGUCCAUUAUGUCUGUUCUGGUGUGGGAGUUAUACCAAAUGUGGAAGGGUCAAUAAUUUGGGAUCCAAAGAUUGUGUUAAGAUUCAUCAUAUUCUUCCAGUACUUGUUUAGACUUUACCGCAUAUAUCCGCUAUCGAUUCAAGCUAUGAAUGCCACUGGUGUUGUUUCUGAAACUAUUUGGUUGAGGGCUGCUCUUGAUCUGUUACUCUUAUGUGGCAAGCCAUAUUUGGCAAGUAAGAUUUCAGGUGCAUGCUGGUACUUAUACAUAGAGAGACAAGAAGAAUGCUGGAAGAGUGUGUGUGAUCAAGAAAGAAAUUCUUGUGGCUAUGAAGUCUUUGACUGUAGAAGGGGCUCGUUCGUGUCAAGCAAUGCCACAAGACUGUGUGAUCCAGAUAGUGGCUAUUAUCAAUUCGGUAUAUACACUCUUGGAGUAACAACUGGUGCUUCAUCAUCUCCUUUUAUAUACAAGUACAGUUUUGCUCUCUGGAUUGGACUGCAGGCAAUCUGCUCAACAGGACAGACACUAGUGCCAAGCAUAUACAUUUCAGAAAACAUCUACUGUGUCAUAGUCGGGACGCUUGGACUCCUUUUCUUGGCAUCACUCAUUACAAAUAUGCAAAGGAACUUGCUAUCUAUUACUGCAAGAUUAGAAGAGUGGCGACUCAAAAGAAAUGACAUCGAAGAAUGGAUGCAACACAGACAACUACCUCCAGAGCUAAAGCAACAUGUGCAGAGAUGUGACCGAAACAAGUGGUUGGCUACUAGAGGAGUUGAUGAAAAAUCUCUGCUCACUGCCUUUCCUGGUGAACUUCAAAGAGAAGUCAAACGCAUUGUGCCUAACUUGUCCGUCAAGUAA